ACCGUGACAGCAUAGUCAAAACAACGAAAGGUGAUGCUAGCGUUUCGCAGCCGCGAUUAAAAUGUCUGGUUUGUAACGAUCGCCAGGGCAAACGUCAGAUAUUUCUCAUCUUAAUGCCAUGAUUGUGUCGGACCAUGAGUUUGGCUGCAUUUUAAUCGGUAUACAAGAGAAAAAACUGAUCACAACAACAUCUUUGUCGCUACCGGUUUGCUAACGACAGGUGUCGGUACAGUAGUCAAACCCGUGUGAGACGGUUUACUCAAAGCAGGUAUCUGGGUUCCCGGGAGAGGCCGGUGCUCACCGAAGACACGGGGAACAGGAUCGGUAAGCAGGGGGGAGCGGCCACCGCAGAGCCCGUGGAGAAGAUGUCCAGCAGUCCGGAGAAAAGCUCUUCGGCACAGGAGCUCAAGGAGCAGGGCAACCGUCUGUUCCUCAGCCGCAAAUACCAGGAGGCCGCAACCUGCUACAGCAAAGCCAUUAAUCGGAAUCCCUCAGUGGCCGUGUACUACACUAACAGAGCGCUAUGCUUCGUGAAGCUACAGCAGCAUGACAAGGCAUUAGCCGAUUGUAAACAUGCCCUCGAGCUUGACAGCCAAUCAGUGAAGGCGCACUUUUUCCUGGGCCAAUGUCAGCUAGAGCUGGAGAACUAUGAAGAGGCCAUUGGCAACUUGCAGAGAGCCUGUAACCUGGCGAAGGAACAACGUCUGAAUUUUGGGGACGAUAUUCCAAGUGCUCUUCGCAUCGCCAAGAAGAAACGCUGGAACAGCAUAGAAGAGAAGCGAAUCAACCAAGAAAACGAGCUGCACGCUUAUCUCACCAAACUCAUCCUGGCCGAGAAAGAGAGAGAAACGGAGGACUCCAGAUUGAAAGAAUCAGAGGAUAGUCAGAGUGGAAGCGAGAUUAUCAAAAUCAAAUCUAAACACGAUAAAUAUUUGAUGGACAUGGAUGAGCUUUUCUCUCAAUCAGAUGAAAAGAGGAAGAAGCGAGAGAUCCCAGACUACUUGUGUGGAAAGAUCAGUUUUGAGCUGAUGAGAGAACCCUGCAUUACGCCCAGCGGCAUAACCUACGACCGCAAGGACAUAGAGGAGCAUCUACAGCGUGUCGGUCAUUUUGACCCGGUUACCCGCAGCUCACUGACACAAGAUCAGCUGAUACCCAAUCUGGCCAUGAAGGAAGUGAUCGAUGCUUUCAUCCAGGAGAACGGCUGGGUGGAGGACUACUAAACACACACACACACACACACACACACACACACACACACACACACACACACACACACACACACAUAUACAUACACACUCGAGCGGACUGCAGCAGAGUUCCCCGAUACACAGAAUGAAUGAACCCCCCCCGUAUGUUCAUGCACUUUAAUCAAAGGAGCUUUGCUGUGGAAUAUCUUGCCUUCAGAGUCACAUCGUCCUCUGUGUCUGUCUCUCUUUCGGAUCAUACUACCGGUCUCUCCGAUGUGAUUUAACUUGGAAUGACAAUGCAGUAGCUGUGAAGAAUAUUACCCAUGCUGUCAUCUUGCCUUAAAGGGAUAGUUCACCAUCAUUUACUUGCCCUCAUGUUGUUCCAGGCCUCUGUAUUAUUUUCUUUCAUUUGUGAAAUGAAAAAGGAGAUCUUUGACAGAAUGACCAAACUUCUGCUUUUCAUUUAAAGGGAUAGUUCACCCAAAAAUGAAUAUUCUGUCAUCAUUUACUCAUCCUCAUGUCGCUCCAAACCUGUAUGCAUUUCAUUUUCAGUGUUUUUCUUGUCCAUACAGUAAAAGUGAAUUGGUCCAAUGUUAUUUUGGACCCCCAUUGACUUUCAUUGUAUGCACAGAAACAGUCGAAACCUUCUUCAAAACAUCUUUUGUGUUCUGGGGAAGAAAGUCAUGCAGGUUUGGAGCAACAUAAAUUUGACAGAAUUUUCAUUUUUGGGUGAACUGUUCCUUUAAGAAAAGGUGGUAUAUACAAAAAUGACACAAUGACCAUAAAAGUGGCUCAUACAACUUGUACUCUACAUGUCAAGUCUUCUGAAACCAUACAGUAGCUUUGUGUGAGGACAGACUGAACAUCCCAAGCCAAAGUGUCAUCGUUUGAACAUCAGACCUGGCGUGCAACGGCAGAGGGGAGAUUUUCAGUGAAUUACUAUUCAAAUUUCAGUCUAGCUAUCAUAUGGAUUCAGAAGAUUUUAAAUAAAGCAUACACAUCAUAUGAAGUAACUUUUAUGGUGUUUAUUAUGCUCAGACAUUAUGCUAAGUAUUGUUGGAACAACAUGGUGGUGAGUAAAUUAUGAUGGAAUUUUCAUUUUUGGGUGGACUAUCCCUUUAACAGGCAGGUUCAAUUAUUCCUUUACAUAGAUUUUUGUUCAGAUGUUCGACAAAGUGAGUCUAAAACAUUAGCGAAUGUUGGCUGUCACUGAGAUAAUAGUUAAACAGUUGAAUAAUCCGAUUAAAGCAGAAGACAAUGCUGUAAUCAUUAUUGAAUGUGAAAUGAAAACAUAAUAAAUGAGAUGCUCGUUAAGAAGAGGAAACAUGUCAGCCUUACGCGUGUGUGUGAGAGUGUGUGAGAGUGUGUGUGUGAGAGAGAGAGAGAGAGAGAGAGAGAGAGAGAGUGUGUGUGAGAGAGAGAGUGUGUGUGAGAGAGAGAGAGUGUGUGUGAGAGAGAGAGAGUGUGUGAGAGAGUGUGUGUGUGUGUGUGUGUGUGUGAGAGAGAGA